AAUUCAUAUAGACUUGAAGUUGGUUAACACGAUUACAGCACACAAAUAUCUGAAGAACCAACCAACUAGUUCUUCUAAAUGAUACAAAACAUCACAAGUUCGAAUCCACUUCCUUAAUAACACAAAAAAAAGAAAAAAAAGAAGAGGGAGAAUCAAAAGCACACAAACGUAAUUAAACUGACGCUGAUGAGUAGGGCACUAAAUAUUAAGAAGCAGAAAGAAACAAAAGACACCAGUAGUAGUAGUAGCGGCCGAUCAUUUGGGGGAUUAAUGUCCGUAGCAACCCCUGUUGGUGUUUGGGGGAAUGCAGUGCUCUGUCUUGGUUGUCUUGUUUGGCUUGCCAUGGCAGCUUGGAUCACCCGGUCGGUUACAGGCACUUUGGCCAGCAAUCAACGACACCCCAACUGUAGAAUCAGGAAUUGUCUGGAGGAGCCUUAUGCUGAAUUCCGAGUCCAGCAUGAACUCCAAGUCAAAGUCCAACUCAGAGUGUGCAAUUCGGCAGGCCGUGUCGGUGAGGCCGUUGCACCGGGAGGUGGAGUAGCCACCGGUGACGACGCUGGUGUUAAUGUGGAUGCCAAUGCCAUGGCUUGUGGUGAGCAGGACCAUGGCCAUCAUCACCAUCAUCAGCUUCAUUGCUCCUCCUGAGUGACUCAUCUUUUGUUUUUUUUCUUCUUCUUUUUCUGCUGCAUGCACUCCUCAAACACUGUAUGUAUAUAAUAUAGAAAAGUACUUUACCUCUUUUCUUUACUCUUCUUUUUUUCUUGAUUCGAUGGAUAGUCUAUUCUA